GUAGUGUUUAAUAAGUAAUUUCGUUUGACAAAUUUCUUUAUAGACAAUUUUGGUUUAUUAAAUAAAUAAACUGUAAUUGUACUUUUCUUAAAUAUCCGCCUCUGAACAGCUUAACUAAUGUCUUAAAUGAACAUUAAAUAUUUACCUCAUUUUAUUAUGGAAAACAUCGUUUGAAUAUCGUAGGAUAAUUAGUGCAUAGACCCCUUAUCUUCUGCAUAAAGAAAGUAUAUAGGAACUCGAUCACCAUUUGGUAAAUGUACAAGUUCCGUGUGAGAUAUAAGAUGGAUCGCAGCAAGCCCAUAAAAUAACAUUGGCAGUCCUGCAGUUAUAUAAAUACUUAUAAAAAAAAUACCUAGAAAUAAUAGAAAUUUGAAAUAAUUUUAUUUACCCAAAUUUAUUACUUUCAAAAAUCGGAAAAACUUAUCUUCCAUGGAAAGAUCUUGAAUUGCCCGUUUACUGCAGUGAUAUUUCAUAUAAGGGUAGCAUCCUGUACGGAGUAUAUGAUAAUUUGUUCCUGAAUCAAGAGUCCAAUUGAAGUGUGACCUACCACGUUGAUCGUUCUCAACAUCCCUGAACUAAAUUGAUACAAAUAGCCAACAUUUUAAAAAUGUGGCCCAGAUUGUGGGUUUCCGCCAGACGUUCUGCUGUUCAAUUAAAUAUUGAAAAUUCAUUAAAAGUCUCUUUGCGUGCCUCAUCUAGCCAGGCCAAGCAGGUGGAAAUUUCCGAUGCUAAACUAACCAAUUCGGUUUUACAAACAGAGAAAUUUCAUGAUAUUCGUAUAUAUAAUGAACCAAUUCCACAAUAUCUACCCGGGUCUAAUGAAAUUAAAGAUUUGCAGAAAGCACUCAAGCAUUAUGAGAAUAAUUGUGAAGAUAUACCGAUUGUUAUAAACGGUAAAGAGAUAAGAGAGGGACAAGAGACGUUCCAAGUUAUGCCACAUAACAAGAAUCACAAGCUUGCAAAAUAUUACUAUGCUGACAAUGCUACUAUAGAAGAAGCUAUACGUGUCUCGGUGCUGAAACAAAAGGAGUGGGAUAAAACCCCUCUUAAAAAACGAAUUGAAAUUUGGGAGCGAGCGGCUGAUCUUAUGGCCAAAAAGUAUCGUGCUGAUUUGUUAGCUACUACAAUGUUGGGGCAAUCAAAAACAGUUAUUCAGGCCGAAAUAGAUUCCGGUGCUGAAUUGAUCGAUUUUACCAGGAUGAAUGCCGGUUACUUGAAAAAUUUGGCCAUGGAACAACCUCUAAGCCCAGAGCCAGGAGUAACCAAAAACCAUUUACGUAUUCGUGGUUUAGAGGGAUUUGUUGCAGCAAUAACACCAUUUAAUUUCACCGCAAUCGGUGGUAAUUUAGCGUUUACACCUGCUUUGAUGGGCUGUAGUGUAUUAUGGAAGCCAUCAGACACAGCGAUGCUCUCCAACUGGACGGUGUUCAAAAUAAUGAGGGAAGCCGGUGUACCCGAUGGAGUAGUAAACUUUGUUCCUGCUAUUGGCAAAAAUUUCGGUGAUGCUAUCACGAAUUCACCCGACUUAGCUGGUAUCAAUUUUACUGGUUCCACAGCUACCUUCAAAACCCUCUGGAAACUGGUAGGCAAUAAAAUUGAUCAGUAUAAAAAUUAUCCACGUUUAAUAGGGGAAUGCGGAGGUAAGAAUUUCCACUUCAUUCACCCAUCAGCGAAUGUGGAGACCGCAGUUGCGCAAACUAUUCGCUCUGCUUUCGAAUAUAGCGGACAGAAGUGCUCCGCAUGUUCUCGAUUAUAUGUACCAGAAUCGCUUUGGGAGUCCCAAUUUAAAAGACCACUUGUUGAGAAGACUAAGAAUUUGAAAGUAGGUGAUGUUCGUGAAAUGGACAGUUUCUUCUCGGCGGUUAUUGAUGAAAACUCAUUUCAACGUAUUCUUGGGUUUAUUAAUGAAGCCAAAGAGGAUCCCGAAUGCACUAUAUUGACAGGUGGAAAUUUGUCCAAUUUGAAAGGCUUCUUCGUGGAACCAACUAUUAUACAGGUGAAAGAUCCUAAUAAGCGCGUAAUAACAGAUGAAAUAUUUGGACCAGUAUUAUCAGUGUAUGUUUACAAGGACAGCGAUUUGGAUAAGACCUUGGAUUUGGUUAGAAAUACAACAAAGUAUGCGUUAACUGGCAGCGUUUUUGCCACACAAGAGCUAUUUUUAAAACAAGCUUUAAAUGAAUUUAAAGAUGCAGCAGGCAAUUUUUACAUUAAUGAUAAAUCCACUGGUGCUGUCGUUGGGCAACAGCCCUUCGGUGGGGCGCGUCAGUCCGGUACUAACGAUAAAGCAGGAUGCCCAUUUUAUCUGAUGCGUUUCGCUUCAUUGCAAGCUGUAAAAGAGACAUUCGUACCACUACCAGAUAUAUACUACCCUUAUAUGAACAAAACGACUAAUUAAAUAGCUGAUAAUAUUUCUUAUUAAAUGAAACUAAGCGAAUCUCGAAUGGCAGUUAAAAACUAACAAUAUAUAAAUAUUUUGUGGUUAUAAAUUAUAUAUUUUAUGCCAUGAAUACUGGAAUAUUUCAAAUAUAAUGAAUGUAUUAAGCAAUUAUAAAUUACAAUUUACUCAAUGCGUAUUUUAAUCUCUUUAACGGACAAUUAACGUACAUACAUAAAUAUAUGCUUAGCUAAUUACUUCAGUGAGUUGAAUGUAUCAAUGCCAUCUCACAUGGCACAUGUUCACUAGUAGCCAAGCCCUCUAUUUGUUAUCAAUAUUUUUUAUAUUCUACUGCAUUGGUGGGACUUUAUUACAUACCCAUACUUGUGUACAAUAAAAUCAACACAGACCUGCGAUAAUCAUU